AUGUCGUUCAAAUCACUACAGCCGAAGUCGAAUGGAUUCGAGGAGCAUAACAAAUCCUACUUCACAGCCUUCAACAACGACAUCUCCCCAUCCGCUAUUGCAUGUCCAGAAUCAGCGGAUCAAGUUGCGCAACUAGUUCGAGAAGCUGCGCAGUCGAACUCUAAAAUUGGAAUACGAGGAGCAGGCAACACGCCCUGGAAAGGCGCCGCAAACAUCGACAAUGGCCUUGUGAUCGACAUGCGCAACUUGACCGGUGUCACUUUGAAUGCAGACAAGACGACUGUAUCAAUAGGCGCAGGCGAGCGAUGGGGUAAUGUCUACGAAACCCUCGCACCUGAAGGUCUCGCAACAAUUGGUGGCGGACUAUCUUACUUCUCAGGACGACGUGGUUUUGUCUGUGAUGCAGUCACCAAUUUCGAGGUAGUGCUCGCUUCUGGUGAGAUUGUGAACGCCAACAAAACCACUAACCAGGAUCUCUUUGCUGCGCUGAAAGGCGGUAGUAACAACUUCGGAGUCGUAACUAAGAUUGACUUCCCCACUUUCCCGCAAGACAAGCUAUGGGGAGGUAUGACGGUUCACCCAGGGACGUCUUAUCCAGAUGCCGUACGCGCUCUUCACAGUUUCGCAACUUCACCAACACCAGAUCCAGAUGCGCAUGUGUUGCUAUCAACGGGUUGGGCCGAGAGAGUGGGCGGGGAGUUGACCGUUUUGAGUACGUUUCAUGCGAGCCACUCGACAGUAGAGCCUGGUCCCGAGUCGCUCUCAAAGUUCACAGCAAUUGAGCCUCGACUCAACGCAUCGUUGCGACAGGCGUCAUUGGUCGAGUUCACCACCGAGCAAUCAAGCUACAGUGUAGACGGCGGUCGCAAUCUCUACUUCACGACCACUAUAAAGCCGGACAUUGAUAUUCUUCUUGCCAUCCAGGAGCUGUUUCGGACGGCCGUCGAACCGAUCAAAGGGGCCAAAGAACUCGCAUACUCCGUCGUGUUACAGCCAUUCACUACGCAUAUGCUCAAGAAGUCUGCUGAAGCGGGUCAGAAUGCUCUGGGUAUUGCUACAGACGACGGUCCGUACGUCAACGUUCUACUCAACCCGGCGUGGUCGGAGGAGAAAGAUGACGAGCAAAUUGUGCAAAUGUCUUUAGAUCUUCUUGAGGCGAUCAACAAGGCUGCUGAGGCUACGGGCAAGGCAGUGCAGUAUCGGUUCCUGAAUUACAGCCAUGGCUCGCAGAAGGUAAUCGAGAGCUAUGGAAAGGAUUCCGGGAAAUUUCUGAGGGGUGUUAGCGCGAAGUACGAUCCGAAUGGCUUUUUCCAGAAGAAUGUGCCUGGCGGCUUCAAGCUAGGUCUGCCCUAG